AUGAGUCUAAUGUUCAUGGAUGAGGAUGAAGCCAUGAGAGCCGGAGUUCCUCUAGACAAUACGUCUGAGCUAAUCCGUAAUUGGUAUGAUGCAGCAAUUUACUUUCUCAAUGAAGCCGAUUUCACACGAAACCCUGACUUUAAGACUGUACAAGCCAUUGCCAUUCUUCUUGGACUGGCAAAGAACGUCGGGGAUUUUGAUCUUGAGCCUGUCAUUCAAGCGGCAGGAAUACGCAUUGGACAGAUUUUGGGAAUGGACUGCGAGCCUCCCAGAAUAUCGCAAGAUCCUGUUAUCCAAGAGAUCAGCCGACGGACAUGGUGGACUUUGAUCAUCUGUGAAUGGCUUUCUAUACCGACUCGUCCACCAUGCAUACAUGAGGCAGAUUUCAAUGUCAGACUUCCUUUGACCCUGUCUGAUGAGGAGUUAAGUACGCAUUUGAUCAAAGAACCAAGCAUGGCAAUCGAAGGACCAAGACCAGUCAAUUACCACAGUGCUAUGAUCUCGUUAGCUUACUCCAAUUAUCGCUUUCGGUUGCAGAUGGCUGCCACCAAAAGUCUUCAAGGUGAUAAUCUACUGGAAGAUCUUGUUCUCACGACAGAUGAAGCUUUGGCCAAUAUAAUUUCCCAACUACCAUCGCAUCUUCUCGAGGCAUCUGAUGAUCAGACAACAGCAAGCGAACAAUAUCCACCCUGGGUUUUAUGGCAGCAAACAAAUUUAUCGCUGUCAUUCUUGAACUAUCGAAUGAAAAUCAACCGAGUCCUGCAACAUCGAUGGGCUUCUUCGUCAGAUGUACUGCUUGCCAGGUCGAAGGCGAUAUGCUUAGAUUCCGCGAACGCGAUUGUAUCAUUGGUGAAGCAACACAAGGUUGCUCUAGCACGCCAUCGUCCGUGGGCAACAACCUCGGCUCUAUUCUCAGCGGCUCUGACCCUUGCGGCGGAAGCAAAGGGUUUAGAUAAGCAUGCUUCAAAGGAGUAUAUGGAUAGGAUUCAAACAUGUCUUACAUUUUUGAAAUAUAUCAAGGAUCACAAUGCUCUCGCUAUCCGAGCACUGGAGGAUUUGAAGGCGUUUUGUAAAGAAUUGCUGUGA